AUGGCGCCAGUGCCUAUGAAGCCAGCUGUCUCCCGCCGGUACCCACCGGCACCAGGACGUAGCCGUCGCUUCUCAUGCAGUUCAUCCGAGGAUGGCGUAAGAAGCGUGGCGUCAACCACGCUUCCGGACUCUGAAUCGGAGCUGGACAGUGACUGCCCAAAAGAGCAGGCAAGGGCCCACACCACCUCAGACGGCUCAUGGACCAUCAAUGUGCUGCCACCGACAGAGCUACAGUCGGACGAAGUUGAGAAGACCACAUCUCUGUCGGUGCUCAUGGCAGGUCGAGAUAAGUUGCGGCAUGCACGCGCGAGGUCUCAUGGCCCGGCCUUGUGGUAUAGCUCGCAAGAGGAGCGCAUGGAGAGGACUCCGAAAGAUCUCGACAGUCUGCAAGGCACGGAAUCAGAAGAGCUCUCCUCUUUCUUAGACUGCAAGAUCUUUGACGACCUCUCCGACGAGAGCUGGCUUGGGAGCCGAAGCUUCCUCCAAGAAUCGCCGGCGCCCUCCCCUCGAAGUGCUUGUACUUGCUAA